CACACUGAAAGCGUGGUAAAUCUAGCGAACGCAAGGCGAAUUGGCGGCGCGGAGAGUGUUGGUGUGCUGCAGUUGGAAGAAAAAUGCCCAAGGUGAGGACAAAUCGAACAAAAUACCCAGAUGGGUGGGAGUUAAUUGAGCCUACUCUUCGGGACCUGGAUGCUAAAAUGAGAGAAGGUAAGCGGAAAAUGAUCCACAUGAUGGCAAGAGGAAAUGUGAAGCUUUGUGGCCUAUUUUCAAGAUAUCACAUCAAAAAAGCCGCUAUAUUUUCAAAGACAAAUGGAAUAUCUACUGAGUUGUAUGAGUUCUGCUUGGAUCAAGGCUAUGGCGACCGCAACUUAAUCGCUAAGUGGAAAAAGUCUGGGUAUGAACGUCUCUGUUGUCUACGGUGCAUACAGCCAAGGGAUCACAACUUUGGGACAACUUGUGUUUGCCGAGUCCCCAAUCAUUUGAGGGAAGAGAAAGUUGUGGAAUGUGUGCAUUGCGGAUGUAGGGGCUGUGCUAGUGGGGAUUGAUUGGUUAAGUUUCAGGUACUGUGUUUUCCCUAACCUCUGAGAGUUAAACAGUAUAUGGAGUUUAGGUAGGCUGGAUGCUAGCUACGGUGGUUUCAACUCAUCACUUUUAUGACAUCAACGUUUUGACUUGUGACCACCAUGGAAUUGAGCUCAAGGAUAUCUUUUUGAAGAAACCUAGCAUUUAGUACCUAUGGAAUUUGAGAGUAGUUGAGAAACUGAUUUAUCCAAAAACUCUUGCAUGUUGUCAAAGCUAGUGUGUUAUAGGUAUUAACUUCUAGUUUCAAACCUUUCUAAGAUCUAUUUUCCUUUAAAACACUAGAGAUAUAUGUUGCCUGACUUGAGUUAGUACACUUGCCUUCUGAUUCUUUGCUACUGGGUCCAAGAAGUUAGGCAUUGAGGUUACUGGUUAAGUAUAAAACUGUUCAAGUGAGAUGAAUGCCCGCAAUAGUGAUGCAUAGCUAUGCAUGACAAUUAUUCUUGUUAACCUUAAUGUGUCUGCGAUGACUUGUUAUCUUGGUCUUAAUGGUCAUCGCCAGGCUUACCUUUAACUUAGACAGCGACCCCAGUUUUUUAAGUAUUGCUGGGUGUAGGAUUUUCUUAUGAGUUGCAAAACUGAUGCACCAUCUUUUAGGCUUAAUAUUCAAUAAAAGCUCAUUUCCUUGUUUACAGUUUAGGUAAUACUUCAAUAUAAUACUAGGAUUUGACCAAUGCUGUAUCAUCUGAAUCCAUUUCAAAAGUCAAGAAAAUGAUUUGUGCUUAUUAUUCUGUUAGAUGUAAUAAUUUGAUAAAUGGAAAGUUGAAAU